GUUCAUGAUUCGCAAGCCAGAGCGGAAUCGGCGGGGAUUCUCUGAGUUUUUACUCGAUGCGGAAAGCAUGUUCAACCCGCGAUUCCUCAUCAUCAGCCUCGGGAAUCCACUGCCAAAGUACGAGAGCCUACAUUCGGCCGGCCAUUUCGUCCUCAAUGGCCUCACAAAGACGCUUCACUUGCCUGCCUUUCGCGAGGUGACGCUGGGCAGGCAGUCUUGCUUAGUAUCUCAGGGUCCGAAAUACAUUCUUGUGCAGUCCCCGACCUAUAUGAACGUCUCUGGGCCCUUUGUGGCGAGUGCAUGGCAGGAAACCGUUCGGAAAUACGGCGCCGAAUCACUCAGCCUGGUGAUUGUUCACGAUGAGCUGGAAAAGGACUUUGGGGUGGUCAAGCUACUUCCAUGGGACCGCAGCCCUCGAGGCCACAACGGCGUCAAAAGCGUGAGAGGUUCAGUGUCACAGAAAAAGUAUCCAGAAUCGCCAUUUGCUCGAAUCGCCGUUGGCAUCGGCCGUCCUGAGGAACGAGAUGCCGCUACGGUGAGCCGCUAUGUGCUCAAUAAAAUCUCUCGCGAACACCGAACGGCUUUGGAGGAAGAGACUCCCUGGGACGUUGCAAAGUGCCUCAUGGCUCUGGAAGACCAGUGGAGGAUGGACGUCCAGGGCGGUUUGGGAGGAACCACGGAGCCAUGAUACAGCCAUUUAUU